AAUAAUACAAUUGUUAGAAAAUAUAUAAGUUACAGAAAAAUAGACGUUUUCUUUCGAUUAUGUCCAAUCAAUCUGAGAGAUAUUCCCCUGACAAAAUGGAGUCGCCUUCCAAAAAUGGCCCUCUAGGGCAAGUGUUUUGAUUGAUUUGCGCAUGCGGGCAAGUCCCUCAUUAUGCAUAAAAUAGGGCAGGACGCGAUAGAGGCUACUUGACUACUGCCCGAAUUCGCGAGUCUGUUGCCAAACAUUUUGACAUAAAAAUGUGAUUGGUUCGGGUUCAAUUUGAGUAAAUUUGGUACCACAACCCCCGUAAAUUCUCCAGGAACGGGUCGUAUACCGUAGCAGACCAUGGAAAUCCAGCAAGCCCGUGAAAAUCGAGCGAAACCCCGCGAUGUCGAUCGCGGCAGAGCAGGCGACGUGGACAAUAACACGCCCGUCUACAGCGAUAUAACACUGGCGAACAUGAAUGCGGAAACAGACGGUAUUAAUAUUGACACCAGACAUGGUAGUCUGCUCGACCCAGCUCAGGGCGCACAACUCUGCCUUCUCGCUGCCAAGUCCCCCAAGAGCAACAUCUACAAAGCUUACGAUAAAACCAGACGGGCCCGCUCAUUUAUCCCACAUUGGGUAGUCGAGUACCCAUGGCUGGAAUUCAACGCAGAGAAAGAAUGCAUGUUUUGCAUCUACUGUCGCGAAUAUCAGAGGACACACGAUGCAGAAUUUACCAAUACUUUUGUUCAUGGUGCGACCAAUUUUCGGCUAGAUUCUGUGAAGGCUCAUGAUAACAGCACGAAACACAGGCAGGUUAUGCUGGUGAUGAGCGGGAAGAUUGCAUCUGUUCCGAAACCGGCAUCCAAGCAAGCCAUCAAACCCUCGAGAGCUGGUACGAGUAAAGGAGUGGAAGAGAUAGAUAGGCUUCGGGUUGGAGCCUUCUUCGAGCCAGAGGACGUUGAUGGAUAUGAUGAAACUCGAAUGAUGGGUGCUACUUGUAGCUCUUCAAUCCAUAGGUCAACAGAUGAUGAAGGAAACCAAAGGCACUAUAUUCCACCAUCUGCUGAUCUGACAGAAGAACCAUUUUAUCCACCAAACCCCAUGGCAAAAUACAUCAAGACUCUACAGAAAAUUUACCCUCAUCUUCCUCUAAAUGAGUUAUCUGAGACAUCCUUAGCAACCACCGUUCCCCAGCAACCAUCUUCAUCUAGGGUGGGAGAUGAAGCAGAGCAACUGAUUGAGAUGGAGGAGAACAGGGAGGAGUAUCUCAUCAAGGAUGAACCAUUGUCUCCAGGUUUGGAGGAGCAAGAAAAGGAGGAGAGGGAGCCGGGUGAGGGAGAGGGUCCAUCAACAUCAAUGGGUGGAAGAGGGAGGAUAGAGAGAGCUGUUCCGCCAAUGAGGAAGAUGUGGAUGGUCAAUACCAAUGGAGCAACCUCCCUGUCGCAGGAAGAGGAGGAGGAAGAGGAGGAGAAUGAUGCGGAAUAUGACCGAGCAGGGAAUGAACCUAGCAAUCAUCAUCUGGACGAUGACGAUGAAGGUGAGGCUGCUGAGGGUGUACCGCAGCAUUCUGGAGCGAUGACAGACUUCUUUAUCAAUCCAGUUGUACCAGUUUACAGACAGGGCAAGAGAACAACAAGACUCCUACCUAAGGCGAAGAGACAGAAAUUAGAGAUGAUUAUGGCUCGGCAGAUGCAAGGAGAAGAUAUAAUGAAUAUUAGUGAUGAUAGAUUAGGUGAUCAGCGGCUUCAGUCUAACCCAGAAGUAGAAGUAGCCAACUCUUCUUCAUCAAAUGAUCCUCAUUGGAAACGUCUAGCAGAAUCAUUUGCGAUAAAGUACAACCAACUUUCAGAGGACCACACCAAUCUGAUGAAGCUAUUCCAGAACAAGGUUUCCAAGCUAGAGAAGAAGUGUAAUGACCUUGAACAGGCAUGUCAAACCCGAGAGAAGGCGCCACAUAACAACUCCACUCAACAGGAUGGCAUUCCAGGGGGACAGGGUGCUUCCGGGAGCAGUCUGUCAUCCCCGAGGAUCAGCAUGUACAGCUCAGUGAUUGUACUACAGGUGCAGGGUCAGGAUCCAAUCAACAUCAGAAGCAAUGCAGAUACAAACUUCAAUACAGUCCAGGAGAACCUGUCACAAAAUGGUAUUCAUAUAUCUUUAGGAGCCAAUAACAUUCCAAACACUAUCGAGGAGCAGCUCAGUCUUCAUUCACGAGCAGGAGGUCAAAGGUCACAUUCCAAGUCAGCAUCACCGUCGGCAUCCUCGAGAAUAAUAGGGGAUGCAUCUGGUGAGAAUGUGAGUAGGUAUGAUUUAUCUCCUGAAAGAGUAGAGACUAGAACCAGAGACUCCAAUCUGGCGUCAGGAGUGGGAUCGGCUCUCCAGAAUGACUUAGAAGUGCGGAAAUCUGACCUGUCAGGACAUGAAAACCAACCGUUGGACAAACAUGGUUACCUGAUAGAUAAUGGAAUAGUGGCUGAGUGAUGAUGCUGCCCUUUCAGGGAGUGACCCUUCGGUAUCUGCUAGAACUGAUGGCCCAACCCCAAAUGUCAUUGGUGACAUCGAUGAUGAUAAUUAUAGCUCACAUCACAAAAAUCCAGCAACAAUGUUGAGUGAAUCUGCACUGGAUGAUGCAGGAGAUCAGGAAUCAGUUUCUCAUGAACUUGAGAAAGUAACACCAUGUAGAAGUGCCUCUUCAACAGCAAAUGGAAUCAUAUGAGUAGAACAGGGUAGCAGCUAGUCUGCAGGUAGGACCCCGAUGCUAUCUAAUGUUGCACUAUGAUUUUUAUUCCAUGGGAGUAGCUUUUAAAGGCAGGCUUUACUACUUCAGCUAGAAGGGAUUAGACCACCCAGCGAGCCAGCGAGGUCACUGUGACAGGUGGCUAUCUCAUUA